AUGACUCCAUACGCCGUUUUCUUUGCCCUUACUGUGCUUUUUGCCUACCCAAUCUAUAGGCUCUUGAGGCUGGGCUCCCGACACCCCCGAAUGCCCCCAGGGCCUCCAACCAUUCCUAUCCUUGGUAACGCCCACCAGAUUCCGAUUACAGGACUUGGCAAGAAGUUCAAGGCAUGGGCAGACAUCUACGGACCUAUCUUUUCUUUGAAGAUAGGUCCCACAAAUGUGGUUGUCCUAUGUGACAGGCGUGCUAUCAACAACCUGCUGGACAAGAAAGGCAGUAUUUACUCAGAUAGACCAUUCAACCACGUCUCCAAUUAUGUCACACAUGGUGACCAUCUGACCUUGGAGCCUCAGGGUGCUUCAUGGAGGGAGAAGCGUACAGUGGUGACGAGAAACCUCAAUCCGAAGAUGCUGGAUGAGAAGCACUGGAAGAUACAGGAGGCAGAGGCGGUCAUAUUCAUGAACAAUAUUCUCAAAGAUCCGGAGAGAGUAUUCGACUAUGCACGGCUGUAUACUGUUUCAGUUGCAGGCUCUCUUAUUUGGGGUCACAGAGCAACGAGUCUGGAUUCUUUCUGGUAUAAGGACUUCUACGAGCUCAUGGACUUGUGGCUCAAAGUACAAGAACCGGGCGCCAAUCCUCCCAUUGACGAAUUUCCGGUCCUCAAAUACCUUCCUGGAGCAUGGAAGGGCAGAGCCGACAAGUGUCGUAAGAUGAUGGACGACAUGUGGGACAAGGCCCGAGCCAUUGUGGACGAGCGAAGGUCCAGAGGAGACAAGAGAGAUUGUUUCAUCGACGAAAAGAUCGACGAGUAUAAUGCAAAAGGCUGGCCGUUAUCAACGCACGCGUUCAACAAUCUGUUCGGAGAACUCCUUGAAGCAGGAGCAGAUACGACAGCUAAUCACAUCUUGACACUCAUCCUGGCCAUGGCUAAGUAUCCUCGAAUCCAGGAAAGGGCAAGAAAGGAAAUCGAUACCGUUUGUGGGACUGAGCGAGCUCCUUUGUUCACCGAUUUCGAGAAACUUCCCUAUAUAAAUUGCAUCGUCAAGGAAGGCAUGAGAUGGCGGCCGACUGCGCCUGCUGGUUUACCUCACAUGGUCACUCAAGACGAUGAAUAUGAAGGCAUGCUUAUUCCUAAGGGCUCGAUGGUGUUUGUCGGAAUAUGGGCCUUGCACCACAGCGAAACGGACUAUUCGAACCAUGACCAUUUCGAUCCCGAUCGCUUCCUAGACCAUCCAAAGCUCGCCAACGAGUAUGCUGUCAAUCCCGACUAUAACAACAGAGAUAAGUACCACUUCUUGCAUCGUCCUAUGAAAGGCUAA